AAGUUUUUUUUUUCUCUCGAUCAAAACAAGUAAUUAAAAAAAAUCUGAACUUUGCGUCACCGUUUGGGUUUUCUUCUCUUCUCUAGGGUUCUUCUACAACGUUCCAGUAAACAUGAGUCGCCAUCCCGAAGUGAAGUGGGCCGAGACUACGGACAAGAUCUUCCUCACUGUAGUAUUAGCUGAUUCUAAGGACGCAAAGGUUAAUCUUAACCCGGAAGGAGUCUUUGACUUCUCUGCAAAAGCUGGUCCAGAAAACCACGUUUUUGAACUUAAACUCGAACUUCACGACAAAGUCAAUGUAGAGGAAAGCAAAAUUAACAUCGGAGAAAGAAGCAUAUUCUGCAUAAUAGAGAAAGCGGAGCCGGAAAGGUGGAAUAAGCUAAUCCGUGGAGGGAAAGCGCCACACUAUGUCAAGGUGGACUGGGACAAGUGGGUAGAUGAGGACGACGAAGGCAACGCUGGUGCUGGAGAUAUGGAUAUGGGAGGAAUGGGAGGAAUGGGUGGAAUGGAUUUCUCGAACUUUGGUGGAGCCGGUGGAAUGGGUGGUAUGGCUGGACUCGAAGGACUUGGCGGCAUGGGUGGGCUCGGCGGUAUGGCCGGACUUGAAGGACUUGGCGGCAUGGGAGGCAUGGGAGGCAUGGGAGGUAUGGGAGGCAUGGGUGGAAUGGAAGAGUUUGAAGACAGUGAUGAUGAAGAAGAGACUGCAAAAUCAGGAGACAAGAAAGACGAAGUCGUUAAGGAUGAAGCGAAACCAGUAGAACAAACAACAUCUGUCAAGGGAGACAAGUGAAGACACUCUUCUAGAAAUGAAGUAAUAUGAUAUCUUUUAGCUUUCGUGUUCAUGAAACCCUUUAUGACUUCUGUCUUUUUUAAAUGGUGUCACUCUGUUUUACUUUUAAGUUUUAAGUAUCUGUUUUCGGUUUAAGUACUUGCAUUUGUGCUCCGGUGUUGUUUGUCUUUGCAAUUUUUGGCAUCGACAUAGAGGUUGUGAGGAAACCUUUUUCUAUGUCUAUUGCUCUGGCCUCUAAGAGUUUCUUA